AUGAGGGAAAAGCUGUACCCAGUACUAAAAGUUGCCAAGCAAGAAAAGGUAGAAAGGCUAAUUGUAGAUGGAUCCCUUUAGCGCGGCCCAGAGACAAUUGCUUUCCUCACUACGGACAUUUAAUGGACGUAUAAAUUAGCUCAGAACUUUUAUGUUCACAGCCAUAUUUUAGAGGCCAGUAGUGUGCUUUACAAACAAAAUUAGCUCGAUGCGCAGUCAGUCAACGCCGCUCAAAUACAGAGGUAAGUCAUGGAGUUUUUGUGCGUACGUUUUGUGUUUUUGUUUUCGUUCUUGUUUCGUCUUAAUUUUUGCGCAGUCAAUUUUGCUUCCCUUCCCUAAAGGGGAAAGCGAUCCAGGCCAUAUAAGUUUAUACUUUUGUCUAUGGAUUGUGCCACACGGGCAAGGAAAACUACUUCAUUUUAUAAUUGAGCAAUAAAUAUGUCACACAAGCUUUUGACACUAAAUGUAAGAGGGCUGAACAGUUCUAGAAAAAGAAGAUAGGUUUUUCGAUGGUUGCACCUGCAACGAUCGGACAUUAUUUCCUCCAAGAAACUUAUUCUUCAACGGAAACUAUAAAAUGAUGGGAAGCCGAGUGGGGUGGGAAAGUUGUAGCUAGCCACGGUACAACUCAUAGUAAAGGAGUAAUGGUCCUAUUUAAACCAAAUCUCAAUGUCACUUUUAAAAAAGCCUUAGCCGAUAAAAAUGGAAGAUACAUCCUCGCAGAAACAUCAAUUGAUGAAACAAACGUAGUCUUUGUGAAUAUUUAUGCACCAAAUGAUCCUUCUCAACAAAUCCUUUUCCUAAGGGAUCUGUCCAGCUCUGUGUUAUCUGCAUAUGCAAAUGAAAACCUUGUGUUAGGU